AUGAAGGCCUCUCUCUUGUUGCCCGUCUCCGGCGCCCUGCUCGCCUCGGCUGCUCGACUUCACCCCCGUCAUAUCGCUUACGUGACGGAGGUGGAAACCAAGACGGUGACGGAAUGGUAUGGCGUCACAUCCACGCCCAAGCCCGAGGCCGAGCCCAAGCAGCUGGCCAACAACAACGUCAUCGAAAACACUCCGGCACAGGUCCCGGCACAGGCCCCGGCACAGGCUCCAGCCCAGCAGGCCGCACCGUCCGACAAUGACUUGCAAGACGUGACCCAGGAUCCUCCCCAGGCGAAGGUGUACCAGCCUGAACCGCAGGUUUCGAGUCCCCAGCAGCCUCAACCGUCGACGUCCAAUGCUGGACAGAAUUCUGGGUCCAUAUCCGACUCCCGGUUGCAGGACUUUACCAACUACCAGAAUUCCAUUCUCGAUCAUCACAACAUUCACCGCCUCAACCACUCGGCACCCCUGCUGUCGUGGGAUGACACGUUGGCGCAGUACGCGUCGCAGACGGCCCACACGUGCGUCUGGAAGCAUGACCAGACGCUCGGCGGCGGUGGCUACGGUCAGAACCUUGCCUCGUGGGGCAGCACCGAGAACAUCGACAACGACGCGACGAAAAUCAGGACGGCAGCUUCUGCCGUGACGAAUCAGUGGUACAACAAGGAGCUGCCCCUGUACCACUAUUACCAAGCCGAAGACCCUACGAACGAACCCGACUUUUUCCAAUGGGGUCACUUCACCCAGAUGGUCUGGAAGAAGACGACAAAGGUUGGAUGCGCCAGCGUCCUAUGCCGUGCCGGAACGGUGCUGAGCUACCCUGCGUGGUACACGGUUUGCAACUACGACCCUCAAGGCAACAUGGCGGGCGAAUUCGUCCAAAACGUCAGCCCGGCUCUCGGGAAAUCCGCCGUCAGCAUAUGA